AUGCAGUUCAUGACUUCUUGGAACUCUACGAAUUUGUUCAAGAAGCGAUUUGCUUUAGGCUUGGCUUUAUCGAAGUGUCUUCAAACAACAAGUAUUGAUCUUAAAGAAGCCAUGGCCUUAGCUAAAAACACAAAACAAGAACUAGAAGAGAUUCGAAUAAAUGCUGAUACUUAUUUUAGGGAAAUUUUUGAACAAGUAAAACUAAUGACUGCACAAUUUGAUAUUGAAAUUAAGAUUCCGAGGACAGCAAAACGACAGACCAACAGAUGUAACAUUGAAGUGGAUAACGCGGAAACAUAUUACCGAAUAUCAAUAUUUAUCCCGUAUCUAGAUAAAUACAUCAUUAAGUUGGAAAACAGAUUUACAAAUCACCACACUACAUUGUCAAGUUUCCAUUCUUUAUUUAAAGAAAUUGGGUAUGAUGAAGAUUUUAUUAUUCUUACAAGGCAGUAUAGUGAAGAUCUGGAGGACGUUGGAAAUCGUGAAGAGGUAUUUAAAAAUGAAUUUAAACUUUGGCAAAGAAAACUCCAAAAUUUACAGGAACUGGCUAAGUUAAAAAAUGCAAUGUAUGCUCUUUCUGUAUGUAACAGAGUAAUGUUUCCAAACGUGUUCAAACUUUUGCAAAUAUUAGCAACUCUUCCGGUGUCGUCUGCUUCAAAUGAAAGAUCAUUUUCUACCCUCAAGCGAAUUAAAACUUAUUUGAGGAACUCCACAUCUGAGGGAAGACUUAACGGCUUAACUAUGCUAUCCAUAAAUCGUCAUUACCAAAUAACCGCAGACGAAGUUCUUAUUGAAUUAUCAAACAAGAAACGACGUUUGGAAUUUUUGUUGUAG